AUGGUAAAGACAAGGAAUACUAAUUUUGAAGGGCAACAAUCCGAAGAGGAGCACCAGUCCGGGGCCGAGACGGUUGAGGAGACAAACUUGACCGAUAUGGUACGCCAGAUGAAGGAGGAAAUGAUCGCCAUGAAACAGCAGCGAGAGAGAGAUGCCGCCGAGAUGGCCGCAUUGAAAGAAGAGAAUGCUGCUCUAAAAAACCAAUACCGAGACCCCACAUGGAAACCAUCUGAGACGACCCACACUCAGGGAUCGUUCCACUCGCACGGUCAUCACACCUCUAUUCCUCAUACCUCUGUCGCGCCCCCAGACAUCCAUGCUUCGAUCGGAAGACCGGCACAACCAAUGCCGGCCAGAGCACACCGACAUCCAUUUACGCCGAACAUCAUGCAAUCGGCACUUCUUGACCAUUGGAAGUCCCUGCCCCUUGACAAAUACGAUGGUACAACCGACCCAGAUGAGCACGUGGAUGUGUUUUUGACACAGGUUACCUUGAGCACCACCGAUGAUGUCGCGCUAUGCCGAAUCUUUCCGACUUCCUUGAAGGGGCGAGCGCUGAGUUGGUUCACCCGACUCCCAGCUAAUUCUGUCGACUCAUUCGGCACGCUGGCCUCCCAGUUCACAAUCCAGUUCGCCACCAGCCGCCCUCAUCAGCUAACCUCGUUGGCAUUAGUUAGCAUUCGUCAAGAUAGAAAGGAGUCUCUUCGAACGUUCAUGAGCCGAUUCAGCAAAGCGUCUCUCAAAAUCCGAGACCUAAACCCUGCUGUGGCUCUACAUCAUCUCACAACCGCUCUAAAACCAGGUCCCUUUGCCAACAGCAUCUGCAAAAAACCGCCGACCGAUAUGGAUAACUUGCGGCGAUGA